ACAUUUUAUAUAAAGUUCACUACAUUUUAAUUAUAGAGUACAUCUACUGCAUAAAAGAUGUCGCCACCUGUACAAAUUUUGAAUACUUGUCAAAAUUGUUAAAAUUAUUUGUGGUUAUGUUACACUAAGAGUAGGUUAUUAAAUUACGGCAAUAAAAGGCGUCUUAUUUAACAAAAAAUAACACAAAAAGGUAGAUUUUGAUGUUAGUUUAAUAACUAAAAAUGUCGUUCUCGUUUGGGAGUACCGGUUUUGGCAGCACCGCCCCAAAAGUUCCAGGAUUUGGUACCACUUUUGGUUCACCAGCAACCACGACCCAAUCUACAGCUUUUGGAUUCGGCCAGACCCAACCUGCUCCCGCUUUUGGCUCUACUUUUGGCGCACCCACCACCAGCGCUCCGCCAGCCUUCGGUAGUACUUUCGGUGCCCCCGCCGCUAGCGCUACCCCUGCUUUCGGCAGUACUUUCGGAGCACCGGCUACGAACGCGCCAUCUUUCGGGUUUGGUAGCGCACCAACGCAAAGUACAGGUUUAUUUGGGACUGCAACCACAAAACCUAGUAUUUUUGGAGCUCCAGCCACUUCCACUACAGGGUUAUUUGGUAGCGCUCCUACAACGACUCCUAGCUUGUUUGGUGGGGUACAAACAUCACAGAGUACCCCCAGUUUAUUUGGUGCAGGAGCUGCGCAACCUUCAUUAUUCGGUCAACAACCCACUACAACCACUCCAAGUCUUUUCGGUACUUCUUUUGGCCAGCAAACCACCACAGCCGCUCCUUUUGGUAGUACAGGCUUAUUUGGAACAGCCCAAAGUACCGCCCCGUCGCUUUUUGGUGCUUCGACGUUUGGAACUACCACUACAAGCACCGCGGGAUUUGGUGGUUUCGGUACUGGAACUACCGGCAGUUUUGGAGGAUUCGGAAUAAGCAGUACUGGAACGGGGUUGUUUGGAGCCAAACCACCACAAGCAGCAGUUCCACAGCCUACUCCACAAACUCCCCAAAGCAAAAACCAACAAGUCGUAGCUUCUGUAUACGCCAUCAACGUUUUUAACGACGAACGGGACGACAUUUUGAAAAAAUGGAACAUGCUUCAAGCCUGUUGGGGUACAGGCAAGGGCUACUAUAGUUCCACUCAGCCUCCUGUAGAUUACACGCCUCAAAAUCCCUUUUAUAGGUUUAAAGCUAUGGGGUACAACGUCAUACCGGAGCAGGAUAAUUCUGAAGGAAUUGUGAAGUUGGUGUUCAGUAAGAAAGUGGAUGAAUUAAAAAACCAACAAGAAGUUCUAAAGAAUGGCAUAGGAGGUAUUUUAGGAAACAGACCAAAUUUGACUGUUGAUAUACUUAUGGUGAAAGCUAUUUCUGAAUCCCAAACUGAGGUUAAAAUAUGCGUAUCAGAAAAAGGAGUGACGGGCACUAGUAGAAAAAUACCCGCCACUGAUUUGGCAACGUUUUUGAACCAGCCCAAUCAGAAACAACAGCUGAUGAACGUCGGCGUGACAGGUGUCACUCCAUUUGUCACUCCCAGUAGGGCGGAGUUGGAGGAAUAUCUCAAAAACCCACCUGCAGGCAUUGACCAACAAAUGUGGCAAGCAGCGGUCCAAGACAACCCCAACCCCAAAAAAUACAUCCCCGUACCCAUCAACGGAUUCUCAGACCUUCGAGCUCGCAUGUUGAAUCAGGAGUACCAAACGGGUCUUCACUCUUCAUUCCUCGAACGAGUGAACAAAGACAUCACUCAACUGAAGACCAGACAUUCCGCUUCGAUAGCACAGAUCAGCGAACUUAAACAGAAGUUUCUGGAGUUGCAACAUAGGAUUCUGAGGGUACUCGUGAAGCAGGAAAGUACCAGGAAGGUGGGAAUAGCCAUCCAGCCUGAAGAGGAGAUACUGAGGGGUAGAUUGGAGGUGAUGCAUGUUCAGCUUAAUAUUCCCAAACAGUUUAAGGGUCAAAUCAACGAACUACUAUCCCACGUCAAGAUGAUCGAAAACUCGCAAAAACAGACCGAAGCCAAUUACAGAAUCGAUGCAGAUGCUCAGGACGAAAUCAAACAAUUCCUGAAGAUGGAGCAACACGGAAUCACGCAGCUGAUCAACAUCAUCAACAACGACAUGAAGAGUUUGAAAAUUAUAACCGACGGACUGAAACAACUGUCCGAAAGACGCCAUUUUUAAGCCGCCAUCUUGUAUUUUAGGUUAUUUAAGGAUUAUGUAUUUUGUAUUUCUUUUAACGUAAAUAAAGUAUUUUUAUUUUGUG